AUGAUAAAAGUGAGAAAAGCUUCUUCGGGUAAAAUGUUUACAAUCUCAAUUAAGAAUACCUUCGAAACAUUUCUCAACCAGUGUGGUUUGACUGACCCAAUAGAAGCAGAGGUAGUGGAGGUAGAAGCAGAGGUAGUGGAGAUAGAAGCAGAGGUAGUGGAGGUAGAAGCAGAGGUAGUGGAGAUAGAAGCAGAGGUAGUGGAGGUAGAAGCAGAGGUAGUGGAGGUAGAAGCAGAGGUAGUGGAGAUAGAAGCAGAGGUAGUGGAGAUAGAAGCAGAGGUAGUGGAGGAAGAAGCAGAGGUAGUGGAGAUAGAAGCAGAGGUAGUGAAAGCAGAAACAGAGUUAGUGGAGGUAGAAGCAGAGGUGGUGGAGAUAGAAGCAGAGGUAGUGGAGAUAGAAGCAGAGGUAGUGGAGGUAGAAGCAGAGGUAGUGGAGAUAGAAGCAGAGGUAGUGGAGGUAGAAGCAGAGGUAGUGGAGGUAGAAGCAGAGGUAGUGGAGAUAGAAGCAGAGGUAGUGGAGAUAGAAGCAGAGGUAGUGGAGGUAGAAGCAGAGGUAGUGGAGAUAGAAGCAGAGGUGUUGGAGAUAGAAGCAGAGGUAGUGGAGGUAGAAGCAGAGGUGUUGGAGAUAGAAGCAGAGGUAGUGGAGAUAGAAGCAGAGGUAGUGGAGGUAGAAGCAGAGGUAGUGGAGAUAGAAGCAGAGGUGUUGGAGAUAGAAACAGAGGUAGUGGAGGUAGAAGCAGAGGUAGUGGAGAUAGAAGCAGAGGUAGUGGAGAUAGAAGCAGAGGUGUUGGAGAUAGAAGCAGAGGUAGUGGAGGUAGAAGCAGAGGUAGUGGAGAUAGAAGCAGAGGUAGUGGAGAUAGAAGCAGAGGUAGUGGAGGUAGAAGCAGAGGUAGUGGAGAUAGAAGCAGAGGUAGUGGAGAUAGAAGCAGAGGUAGUGGAGGUAGAAGCAGAGGUAGUGGAGAUAGAAGCAGAGGUGUUGGAGAUAGAAACAGAGGUAGUGGAGGUAGAAGCAGAGGUAGUGGAGAUAGAAGCAGAGGUAGUGGAGAUAGAAGCAGAGGUGUUGGAGAUAGAAGCAGAGGUAGUGGAGGUAGAAGCAGAGGUAGUGGAGGUAGAAGCAGAGGUAGUGGAGAUAGAAGCAGAGGUAGUGGAGAUAGAAGCAGAGGUGUUGGAGAUAGAAGCAGAGGUAGUGGAGAUAGAAGCAGAGGUAGUGGAGGUAGAAGCAGAGGUAGUGGAGAUAGAAGCAGAGGUGUUGGAGAUAGAAGCAGAGGUAGUGGAGGAAGAAGCAGAGGUAGUGGAGAUAGAAGCAGAGGUAGUGAAAGCAGAAACAGAGUUAGUGGAGGUAGAAGCAGAGGUUGAAUUAGAGGUUUUAGAGGCAGAAGCAGAGGUAAAUUGUGAUUUGGAAUAG